AUGGAGGCCUCACUGAGUUCAUCCCUCAAGAUCAGCUUCCAUGGCACACGCCCUGUUCGAUUCCUCAUCCCCAAGGCGGCCACACCCCGGGCUGGUGCACAGGCACACAUAUACUGGCCUCUGCCACUGUCUCACCCCUUCCCCCUGCAGAGCCCUGAGGAUGAUGAUGACCGGAAGGUCCGAAGGAGGGAGAAGAACCGGGUCGCUGCCCAGAGGAGCCGCAAGAAGCAGACCCAGAAGGCGGACAGGUUGCAUGAGGAGCACGAGAGCCUGGAGCAGGAGAACACAGCUCUGCGGCGGGAGAUUGGGGCACUGACAGAGGAGCGGCAGAGGCUGAGCGAGGCGCUGCGGGAGCACGAGAAACGCUGCCCCCUGCUCCUCUCCCUCAACUUCCCAUCCACACCCCGGCCUGACCCUGCUGGCUGCCUGCCCCGCUGAGGGCCCUCGACUCCAGACCAAGCAACCAGGACUCAGCAUCUUGGGCCCCAACCCCAGCACGCAGGGCUCAGCGUCAUAGGCCCUCCGGCACUCCCAGCUCACUCGUU